AUGCCUUGUGAUCGUCCACCGUUGUUGCGCAGGCCUGUAUCCCUGCCUCCCGCGAGCAACGGCGAGAGACAAGCGUCACGGUAUGGAUUUUCGCCAGGCCUGACUAUUGACUACACUGCCGAGCUGCGCGCAUAG